CUCAAAAUUAUUUUUUUUUUCACUUGUUAUUAUAUCUUUCUAUAUUUCUAUUUUGGAUUUUGAAAUUCAUGUUCUUGUUCUUACUCAGAUUGCAGUUAUUCCCCUCCUCUUAUAUGAUGUUUUUAGCCAUUAUAAUCACUUGAAGCAGAGAAAAGUAAUAAUAUAUGGAGUUGGUUUCUUUUACGGUUACCUUCUUAGUUGUUUUGAGUCUCUUUUCUCCGUAUAGAACAACUUUUGUUGUGGUUGAUACCAUUAGAAAAUCUGAUAUUAUGAGAGAUAAUAACAACACAGCUUUAUUGGUAUCCAAAGAAGGAAUGUUUGGACUAGGAUUCUUUACUCCAUCAGCUAGUUCAUCAAAGAAUCGUUACCUGGGAAUUUGGUACAACAACAUUACUGGUAACCAAACUGUUGUUUGGGUUGCAAACCGAUGUGAACCGAUCAAGGAUUCAUCUGGCUUGUUGAGUAUAAACAACAAAGGAGAUCUUGUGCUUUUUUCUGGACAGAGUAAUAACAGAGUGCUUGUUUGGUCUUCAAACUCGUCGAAACAAGCUCAGGAACCACUAGUUCAGCUCUUGGAUAAUGGUAACUUGGUUUUGGGAGAUGAGAAAGAUGCAAACACAACAAUUUUUUUAUGGGAAAGCUUUGAUUAUCCUACUGAUACAAUGUUACCAGGAAUGAAAUUGGGAUGGGACUUGAGGCGACGUUUAAAUAGGCGAUUAUCGUCGUGGAAGAGCUCUGAUGAUCCUUGUCAUGGAGAUUUCACUUAUAGGAUUGAGCUUGAUGAACCAAACCAUACAUUGUUAAACUUUCUACAGAUUAUGAGCUAACAAAAAUACAUUAAAUGCUAAUCUUUAUUACUCAUAAUCAUCAACCAAGAUCAAUAUUUAUUUAGAGCAUCAAAUUCAUAAAUACACAUACCUCCCAAUCCAUCCACAUGAGUCAUUUUGCUUU